GCCCCGACGGCGGCCCGGCCGGGGGCGGGGAGAGGCGGGGGCGGCCCCGGCGCAGGCAAAGGCUCGGGGGCCGGGGCGCGGCUGGUGCAGCUUUCGCCGGAGCCGAGCCGAGCCGAGCGCCCGCCGUUGCCCGCCGCCCGCUGCGUGCGCCUCCGCGCCCCCGCGCCAUGGCCGGCCUCAACUCCCUGGAGGCGGUGAAACGCAAGAUCCAGGCCUUGCAGCAGCAGGCGGACGAGGCGGAGGACCGCGCGCAGGGCCUGCAGCGGGAGCUGGACGGCGAGCGCGAGCGGCGCGAGAAAGCCGAAGGGGAUGUGGCAGCUCUCAAUCGACGCAUCCAGCUUGUUGAGGAGGAGCUGGACAGGGCCCAGGAGCGACUGGCCACGGCCCUGCAGAAGCUGGAGGAGGCCGAAAAGGCCGCGGAUGAGAGCGAGAGGGGAAUGAAGGUGAUAGAAAACCGGGCCAUGAAAGACGAGGAGAAGAUGGAGAUACAGGAGAUGCAGCUCAAAGAGGCCAAGCACAUCGCUGAGGAGGCUGACCGCAAAUACGAGGAGGUGGCUCGUAAAUUGGUCAUCCUGGAGGGCGAGCUGGAGCGGGCGGAGGAGCGUGCCGAGGUGUCUGAACUGAAAUGUGGUGACCUAGAAGAAGAGCUCAAGAAUGUCACCAACAAUCUGAAAUCGCUCGAGGCCGCAUCUGAAAAGUAUUCUGAAAAGGAGGAUAAAUAUGAAGAAGAAAUCAAACUUUUGUCCGACAAACUGAAAGAGGCUGAGACCCGGGCUGAAUUUGCAGAAAGAACGGUUGCAAAACUGGAAAAGACAAUUGAUGACCUGGAAGACGAGCUAUAUGCUCAGAAGCUCAAGUACAAAGCUAUCAGCGAGGAACUGGACCAUGCUCUCAACGACAUGACCUCUCUCUAAGAGGGAGCUGGGGUGCCGUCCUAGGUCCUAGCAAUACCGAAGCUGGCCUUCUCCCUGUGGUGCCUACACUUCCCGUGGGCUUCUACAAGCUCGUUUCCUGCCUCCUGGUUUGGUCUUUCAAGCCUUCCUCUGCUGUGUCUGUGACUGUGUGACUGAAAUAAAGACAGGCGCUCCUUGUGCCCAGGCCCUCAUUUUCAUUUCCUUCACUUGCCGCUUUUGAGCCGUAGCUGUGAUGCCCUUGACGGUGGCUACAACAGAAAGUGGGUGGUUCAGAUGGGGAGCUCAUUUCAAAAGGAAAAUGAUGCCCACGUGAUUCUUUGUGCCUAUAUGAAAACAAAAGCCAAUUUGGCAUGAGCUCUCAAAAAUGUGCUAGCUAACUAUAUCUGCAUGCCAAUAGCAGUUUUUCCUUAAAUAGAAAUUGUUUUUGAAUGGGGACACAUCCAGCCUCUUAAGGAGCUUGAUAGAGUCAGCAGAAACUGGGAGGCUUCUGUCUAAAGAGAGACUCGUCUUGAAUGGAGUAUGACCUGCGGUUUCAAAAAGCGGCAGUGGUAUUCUGGUCUCCUUUUUCUUCCUUUUCGCAUUUGUUUUCUGUGUUACCCUCUGAGAGUGGUGUCCGAGGUUCCCUGUGUCUUCACUGUUCAUGGAACAUCUAUCCAGCCCUGGGUCUUGGGAGGAAGUUCACCAGUGUGCCUCACCUCUAUCCUCUGCCCUUAGAAAACAACUACACAAGGGAUGAAAACGCAUCCCAUUAGCAGGGAAAGGGGGUGGAAGCUGAAGAAAAUCAGACAGAGAUGAUUCAUUCCCGAGUUCCAAAGUUGCCUGAGAUGGUAACAGCUAUCUCCUCAUACUUAAAUUUAACUCGAAUCAAGAACCUUGCUUUGGUUUGGUGAGAACUCUUAAAGUUAGCCUGUGGGUAUUAAGAGAUAAUGUAUAUACUGACCAAAAGCUCGUAGAUUUUUCCACAAGAAGCCAAAUUUUAAAUAUUUCAUCUACUCUCCCCUGCCCCCCACUACCACCACCACCACCACCAUAAAUUAUCCCAGAAGCACUGCCAUUUUGAUGUCCACGCAUGUCUUCUAGACUGCCCCUGUGAACCUGAGAGCAGCAUGGAGAUCUCCAAUUAGAGCAACAAUUUUUGGUUACUGUAGCUUUAUUUUUUCUCAUCCUGUAAUUUUAUUCAGGUGGGAACCUCUGUCCCAGUUCUCUAUAUUCAUGCCUCCCAAAUCCAUCUCCCUCCAACUAUUCACAGCCUUCCAACCUCAGCCUUUCCCUGGUUUCUUAACUCCCGUCCACCGUGAACUCUUGCAUAAACCACUCCCCCCACAUACGGCCAUACUCAGGACUGUGGAAACGCUGAGCUAUGAAGGGGCGGGUGUUUUAUGUUUGCUCACUAUAUUUGUUCCUGGGAUUUUUCCAGAUGUAGGUGGCCUCCACACUUUGAAAUAACUGCAGCCCUACUUAUCCAGUCAUUCCACUUAACUAAGCCCCUAAGUGGAACUUCAUUUACAGAGAUUUGGGCUAACAUGACCUCCGACCACCUAUUGACGGUCUAGGGGCCUGUCACACUUCUCGAGGACAAUUGAUACCUUAAGGGAAAGGCGUUUUUUUGUUUUGUUUUGUUUUUCUCUUAGAUCUAAUACAAAGUAGACACCAGAGAAUCCAAGUGGCAAGGUGACAUGUGGUCAGGAUUUGUAGUGGGGAGACCUGGGUUUGAAUCUCAGCCCUGUGGGACCUUGUACAAGCAGCUUAGCUUUUCUGCAAAACAGAAGUGGUGGCUCCGUCCGUGAGGCAUAGGGGAGACCACGGAGUGGGUACUGUCCAUCCACAUUAGUCAGGCCCACGCCGCUCGCUGUUCUUUUCUGUCACAGAAUCCGCCCGAUCAUAGCGAGACCAGAUAUUUUUCAGUGCCUUGUGAGAUGAAAGGUUGAGCAGUUCUAGUUGAAAGACUGCCAUCUUUGCAGUCAGUUUUUUUUUCCUUUCUGAAAAUUUCCAAGCUGAUCCUAUCACAAUUUAUGAGGCAUUUUGCUUUCCUCCAGUGUUUUAAUGAUUUUUGACCUCGUCUCUUAUCGGCGGCCAUCACUCACGGCAAACCAGUUCUGUCUUGAUCGCUGUUGUGCCUAGCCCUAAAUGGCAUCUCACUUUUUCGGUUUUUGAAAAUUUAUUUUAUCAGCCUGGUCACUUAAUAACUCACCUGUAGUCUGACUUAGAUUUUCAGUCAUGCUGCGUUUAUCUGGGGUUUGACUCCAUGGCUAUGGACACACAGACACAAUAACAUGAUUAUGCCUGGAAUUUCAAUGGCCGUUCCCAAAGCCUCCGAAGAAAAAAUGGAUUUCAGGAUUAUAAUUUCCUACCAUAGGCUAAUUAACUGGCCCUAGGUGGGGAAUGUAUUGUUUCCCGUAUCUACGACUAUGUUUUUGUGUGCGUAGCACUUCCUGAGUUCUGAAGCACCUCUCAUUUGUUCCUUAUGGUAAUCUGCAUGCCCUGUAUUUCUGUUUUUAUCCUUGACAGAUAGGGAAACUGAGACUUAGCAAGGUUAAAUGGCAUAUUUCAGUGGUACUACUGGGGUUUAAGUCCAGGUGUUCCAACUCUAGACUGCCAGAUUUAACAAAUGAAAACAUAGGACACCCAGUUAAAUUUGAAUUUCAGAUAGGCAAUGAGUAAUUUUUUGGCAUAAGUGUAUGUCAUGCAACAUUUGGGAUAUACUUGUCCUAAAAAAGUAUUUGUUGCUUACUUGAAAUUCAAAUUUAAUUGAAGACUCUGUAGUUUAUCUUGCAACCCUGACUCCCAUAUUUGAUACUUGAUCUCUGUUAUUCCAUGGUAUUCUGUGAUAAUUAAAAUGUAAAGUACUUUCUCUGUUAUGACUUCACUCUGACAGUUUGUGGAGUUUAGAAACCUUUUCCUCCUUAACAAAGAUGCUUAUUAAUUUCUUUUUCCCCCACUCUUAAUCCUCACCAGAAAAACUUGCCCAGGCCAAAGAAGAGAAUGUGGGCUUACAUCAGACACUGGAUCAGACACUAAACGAACUUAACUGUAUAUAACCAAAACAGAAGAGUCUUGUUCCAACAGAAACUCCAGAGCUCCAUGUCUUUCUCUUCUCUUGUAAGAAGUUUCUUUUGCCAUUGAAAUCUUCGCUUUGCUGGAAAUGUCAAGCAAAUUAUGAAUAUAUGACCAAAUAUUUUGUAUCAGAGAAGCUUUGAGCACCAGUUAAAUCUAAUUCCUUCCUUUUUUCAAAAGGCACCAGCUUUUUCAGCUCUAUUUUUAUCCUUAAGUUGCAUUUAUUCAUAAGGUAGGCAGGGUAUUUUAUAUUGAGCAUACUCUCUUAAGACUGAGGGCAUUUGGUUCCUGGGAAAAUGGACAACCCUAUACUUUUCAAAAACAACUCCAGUAUCUAGUCAUGGGUCAGCUUAAAAGGCUGAAGAAUGUAUAACUUUCUGGGCCACUGUUGGUCACAUGACAGGUAACCAGGGACCAUCACAUUAAAAUAUGGGUAGGGAUUUUCCAUCCAGAGCAAAAAAAAAAAAAAAAAGGCCAGGGGGAGGGGGUUGGCUUUGUGGAACUCUUAAACCAUAGACAGAUUAACCUAAUCAUCUUGGCUCUCUCCCACACUCUACCAUGCAGAACAAACAUCUUCUGAGCAGUCAGCAUGAGAAUGCUCGGUACAUAAUCAUAUUACCCCAAUAUUUUCUGGAUAGAUCCUUGAUGUUAGGCUCUUCUUCAUGUUCCUUUCAUUCUAAAGUUGUUCUCUGAGGAGCAGAUAGCUUAUUCCAAUAAUGAUCUGUGCUUGUCUGCUGUGAUCUGAGACCAUCUCCUCAGCAGGAAUGAAUAUGGUAGAAGUCAGUCUUAUUCAGAGAAGUCCUAUCAAGAAGACCACUAGCCAUCAAUAACUGAGCAGUUGUUAACAAAUACUGGGCAGAAGGGGCCUCUCUGACAGCAAAGUAGAGAUAAAGUAAUCAGCCUAGCUUCAUGUCCUUUAUACUUCAGGGAAUGGCAAACGGAAGAUUUACUUAUGUAGGACUUUAAUUCCUUCUUCAGGACCAAGUUAAUAAAAGACCAAGAAACUCCUGAUUAAACUGGAUAUGGAGUAUUUUGUAGGCAGGGCUGCACAUUUUGGCUUUGUUAUAUUUCUGCUUUCUUGGUUAACGUCUCAGAGCUGAAACAUUCCACAUUCCCCAGCAGUGUGGGGGCCAACUCAAGUUUACAAUUCUGAUAAAAUCACCCUGCUUCUAGCUUAUUCAAGUCCUCUACCCCUCACUCCUAUUUAUUAAGCAUCACACUACCCAGAAGGUACACUAGCAAAUUGUGCAAUUGAAUAAAACCCACACUUUCCAUUUAGAUUCUUGCAACUGUAUCAUAUGUAAUAGUAUCACUUUUUCUACAUUUUGGUCAAAUAAAUUUUUACAUAAACUAUAA